AUGCCUGAAACAUACCCCCGGCAACACUCAGAAUGUGCACAAGUACUCAUUCACGGAUCAAACCAAGAGCGCCUACGAGAAUGUGUUAAGAUGCUGUUCUACAAAUUGUCUCACAACCAUCUCGACUCAUUCAGUGAGGAAGAGUGGAAGGUAAGCAGGUAUAUCCUCCAAGGGGCUAACCUCCUGAAUCCUAAAGCCAAUCCGAGAAACUCAGAAGAUAUUACAGUUUCCGCAUUCACGGGCCAUAUGUUCCGUGAAGCUCUGCAGUGCAUAGGAUACAACCGCCUCAUGAACCACUCCGAUGACGAUUACUCCAUUAUCGACGACACUGCUGUAGCAGAAGCUUGA